GGGUCUGGGGCGGGGCCUGCCUGCAGAUUAUAACAGCAGGGUUCCGCGCGGGAAGGCUAACCUCGUCCAGGGUGCAGAGCAAUCCCAACGCAUCGGUCGGCCUUUCUCCGGUCUCCAAGGCUUCGGUCUUUCUUUUAAUCAAGAUGGGUGAUAAGCCAGAUUUGUCUGAAGUGGAGAAAUUUGACAGAUCAAAACUGAAGAAAACUAAUACUGAAGAAAAAAAUACUCUCCCCUCCAAGGAAACUAUCCAACAGGAGAAAGAGUGUGUUCAAACAUCGUAAAAUGGGAGUUUCCUCCAAGAACAAAUUUCAACAUUGCCUGGAUGUCUUGGUUUUAAGCUUAUUUUUUGUAAACCUAUGUGCUUGUAGAGAUUUUAGGCAUGGUCUGAAGUCUUUCCAUCCAGAAUCCCUGGCUAAGAGGUCAAGUGGUAGCUAAUGUUCUCUUAGUUUUGUUUCUAAACUUUCCAUUGGUACAUAAAUUCCAGCUGGCUGAUGCUGUCAAUAAUCUCACCAUUAAUGACCUGUGUGUGUGUAGUCCUCACAUCCCUAAGAGAUAAGCCGCUUUUAACUUCCUGCACUUGAUGUCUCCAUUGUUCCAUAAGCUUCAUGAUGUGGCAUGCAUUUGCCGAUGCUCACAGCUUAUUUUCACUUCUAAUGUAGUGAUAAAAUAAUAAAUAUAAUCAUUAUGUCGAGA